CGCGGCUCCGGGCGCGGCGCCUGCACCAUGAACUACCAGCAGCAGCUGGCCAACUCGGCUGCCAUCCGGGCCGAGAUCCAGCGCUUCGAGUCGGUCCACCCCAACAUCUACUCCAUCUACGAGCUGCUGGAGCGCGUGGAGGAGCCGGUGCUGCAGAACCAGAUCCGGGAGCACGUCAUCGCCAUCGAAGAUGCCUUUGUGAAUAGCCAGGAAUGGACGCUAAGUCGAUCUGUCCCGGAGCUCAAAGUGGGAAUCGUGGGUAACCUGGCCAGUGGCAAGUCAGCGCUGGUGCACCGGUACCUGACCGGCACGUACGUCCAGGAGGAGUCUCCCGAAGGUGGCAGAUUCAAGAAGGAGAUUGUGGUGGACGGACAAAGCUAUCUGCUGCUGAUCAGAGAUGAAGGGGGCCCCCCAGAGGCACAGUUUGCCAUGUGGGUGGACGCUGUCAUCUUUGUCUUCAGCUUGGAGGACGAGAUAAGUUUCCAGACCGUUUACCACUACUACAGCCGCAUGGCCAGCUGCCGGAACACGAACGAGAUCCCUCUGGUUCUGGUGGGGACCCAGGAUGCCAUAAGUUCCACCAACCCGCGGGUCAUCGAUGACGCCAGGGCGCGGAAGCUCUCCAGCGACCUGAAGAGGUGUACAUACUACGAGACGUGUGCCACGUACGGGCUCAACGUGGAGAGGGUCUUCCAGGACGUUGCCCAGAAGAUUGUUGCCACAAGGAAGAAGCAGCAGCUGUCCAUAGGACCCUGCAAGUCGCUCCCCAACUCUCCAAGCCACUCGUCUGUGUGUUCCGCACAGGUGUCUGCUGUGCACAUAAGCCAGACAAGUAAUGGAGGUGGGAGCUUAAGUGACUAUUCCUCCUCCGUCCCGUCCACGCCGAGCACCAGCCAGAAAGAACUGCGAAUAGAUGUCCCUCCCACUGCCAACACACCAACGCCCGUCCGGAAGCAGUCCAAGCGCCGGUCCAACCUUUUCACCUCUCGGAAAGGGAGUGACCCAGACAAAGAGAAGAAAGGCCUGGAGAGUCGUGCGGACAGCAUCGGGAGCGGUCGAGCCAUCCCAAUUAAACAGGGCAUGCUGUUGAAGCGAAGUGGCAAGUCACUGAACAAAGAGUGGAAGAAGAAAUACGUCACCCUGUGUGACAAUGGCGUGCUGACCUAUCACCCCAGUUUACAUGAUUACAUGCAGAAUGUUCAUGGUAAAGAGAUUGAUCUUCUGAGAACCACUGUGAAAGUACCAGGGAAGAGGCCACCCCGAGCCACGUCAGCCUGUGCGCCUAUCUCCAGCCCUAAAACCAAUGGCCUGUCCAAGGACAUGAGCAGUUUACACAUCUCACCAAAUUCAGGGAAUGUCUCUAGUGCGUCUGGGUCUCAGAUGGCAAGCGGCAUCAGCCUGGUGUCCUUCAGCAGCCGGCCGGACGGCAUGCAGCAACGCUCCUACUCUGUCUCCAGUGCCGACCAGUGGAGUGAGGCUACGGUCAUUGCAAACUCGGCCAUCAGCAGUGACACGGGGUUGGGCGACUCAGUGUGCUCCAGCCCGAGCAUCUCCAGCACCACCAGCCCCAAGCUCGACCCACCCCCCUCCCCUCACGCCAACAGAAAGAAGCACCGAAGGAAGAAAAGUACCAGCAACUUCAAAGCCGACGGGCUCUCCAGCACCGCUGAAGAACAAGAAGAAAACUUUGAGUUUAUCAUUGUGUCCCUCACUGGCCAGACGUGGCACUUUGAAGCCACCACAUAUGAAGAGCGAGAUGCGUGGGUCCAAGCCAUCGAGAGCCAGAUCCUAGCCAGCUUACAGUCAUGUGAGAGCAGCAAGAAUAAGUCCCGGCUGACGAGCCAGAGCGAGGCCAUGGCCUUGCAGUCGAUACGAAACAUCCGAGGGAAUUCCCACUGUGUGGACUGCGAGACCCAGAAUCCCAACUGGGCCAGUUUGAAUUUGGGAGCCCUCAUGUGCAUCGAGUGCUCAGGGAUCCACCGGAAUCUUGGCACCCACCUUUCUCGAGUCCGAUCCCUGGACCUGGACGACUGGCCCAUUGAGCUCAUCAAGGUGAUGUCGUCCAUCGGGAAUGAGCUGGCCAACAGCGUCUGGGAAGAGAGCAGCCAGGGGCGGACAAAGCCCUCACUGGACUCCACGAGGGAAGAGAAGGAGCGGUGGAUCCGGGCCAAGUACGAGCAGAAGCUCUUCCUGGCCCCGCUGCCGUGCACGGAGCUGUCGCUGGGCCAACACCUGCUGCGGGCCACCGCCGACGAGGACCUGCGGGCGGUCAUCCUGCUGCUGGCGCACGGCUCCCGGGACGAGGUGAACGAGACCUGCGGGGAGGGCGACGGCCGCACAGCGCUGCACCUGGCCUGCCGGAAGGGGAACGUGGUCCUGGCCCAGCUUCUGAUCUGGUACGGGGUGGACGUCAUGGCCCGCGACGCCCAUGGGAACACCGCGCUGGCCUACGCACGGCAGGCCUCCAGCCAGGAGUGCAUCGACGUCCUGCUGCAGUACGGCUGCCCCGAUGAGCGUUUCGUGCUCAUGGCAACCCCCAACCUGUCCAGGAAGAACAAUAACCGGAACAACAGCAGCGGGAGGGUGCCCACCAUCAUCUGAGGGGCGUCCGUGCCCACCUGCCCCGCCAUGCCUGGGCCACCUGCAGCCUCUCGAGCUCUCCCUGGAAGUUACAGCACGUGAGUCCUGUCGCGUCCCCUCACUCUUCCUGGUGGUCACCUGCCACCCACCCACCCACCCCAAACGAAAUCACCAAACCUAGACAGUCCUCACGGGGUGAAGAGGAGGCCAGGAGGCUGCAGAAUCGAUUCUUUCUCAUAAACCCCCCUGAUCGGCAAACAGGAGCGACCGAGGGCCUGGGUGGGUUGAUGAUAGCACACGGCGGCGCGGGACCCUUGUCCCCGUGGCCCGUAGACAGAGCACGGCACAAGGGACGGGACGAGAGGGGGAGGGGGGCGAGGAGAGGGGGUACCUCUCCUUAACUGGCUGUUAAGCACAUCAGUACAUUUCACCUCUACCGAACGGAACGCUUGGGUUUCAUCUCUUCUCUGAGGAGCUUGACGGCAUAAAUCAGAAGCAAGCAGAGUUUGUCAGGUUUGAAGCCCCUAUGAUGGUAUGUGUCAAAUCAGUUGUAGCUAAUCUGUCCAGGGAGAAUACUGGCUUCAUUACACUUGUAUAGUUGAGCUCUUCCAGCAUUACCGCUGUUUAAUAGAACGUGAUUAGUCAUCACCGAGAAGAAAGCAUAUUAGCCGAGGAGGUAGUUACGCCGCACGCUCCGAUGAUUGCCGUGAUGUGAUUGCAAUACUCUUAGAAGCAUCCGAUUAUCCCAGACAUGUUCUUUCGAGCCCUUGGAGCCCUCCUUUCUAAAUUCACUGUCAUAAUUUAGUAUCUGUUUAAUUUUUCAGUCCAAAGAGAAGAAAUCAGUCGCUGAAUGUUAUUGGACUGCAUUCUCCUUGGUGCAAAAACAAAAUGAAAAAAUAAAUAAGAGUAACUCGGAAAUUCAAAAGGAAAUCACAAAUUCAGCUAAUAAUAACAUUUUGAGUGCAUUUAGUAAACUAAGUCCAUGCAUAAAAGGCUAUUUUUUUCCCCAAACGUGAGAGAGAUUUUAUGUCUUUUGGCCAAGGCGGAUGUCUUGGGUCUUAGUCACUCCUGGGCCACAUUGCCCAAGUCACACAAGCUUCUGUAUUAUACCUUUAGAUAAGAUGUGUGAAAAUCUAUUUGAAUAAAAGAAGUUCAUAAAUAUGCA